AUGAAAGAUCAUGGACUCAAGCAUAAAAUUCCCCCCAAGAAAGUGUAUAACAACUGGGGUGGUGGGACUGGUCGGAUCAAGGAUCUCUACUCGUAUCAUUACACUCUAAAAUAUAAGGAGAAGUUCAUGGAAGAAGCAGAGGAAUUCGAUAAGAUGAGAGCGGGGCCUCUCGACCGUGCACUGCCAAAUUCUCGUGGGGUUACAACGCCAAUGAGCCAUGUUGCAGCUGUCAAAGAGUAUCUUGAUCAGGCCACCGAAAACGCGGAAAGGGAGGAAAAUCAGGCUGCGGAGUCAAGAUAUAUGGAACAGUUCGAUAAAGAGUUCCGUGACCUCGAAAAGAAUGUUUUUGGUGCGAUGAGCGAGGAGCAGAAGAGCAGUUUCUACGCAAGAGUCGAGCACGAUCUCGCAACUUCGGCACCAGAUGGUAGCGGUAUUACAGCCAAGGACCUUGAGCUCGACGAGCCAUAG